AAAUACCGCGAGACCCAACGAGAAUAGCCACUUCCUCAAAAUGUAAACAGAAGUGAGCAGUUGCACAGUGAGUUCUUCUGUAUAACAAGACAUAAACUCCAUCGUAUGUGCUGUGAUGGGUUCUGCUCCGUGGCUAAUAUUAAAAUGGAGACUAAAGAGACCGACGAGGUGGAGAAACUGAAGUCCAAGUUUAUGUCAGCAUGGAACAAUGUGAAGUACAGUUGGGCUCUCAAAUCAAAAACUGCCUUCAGCCGUAAUUCUCCUGUUUUCUUGUUGGGGAAAUGCUACCACUUCAAGGCUGUGGAUGAUGAAAGUCCUACUGAGAGUUGUUCUGCUGAGGCAUUAGAUGUCGAUGUUGUCACAGGCAAUGUUGAUGGAUUUCGAAGGGAUUUCACCUCACGAGUUUGGCUGACCUAUCGAGAAGUGUUUCCCGCCCUUCCAGGCUCCACCCUUACUUCAGACUGUGGGUGGGGUUGUACAAUUCGGGCAGGGCAGAUGAUAUUGGCCCAGGCUCUCAUGCUUCACAUCUUGGGUAGAGACUGGACCUGGUCCGAAGCACUGACCUUGGAGCCGUUGGAUGCAGAGACAUGGACCAGCAGUGCUGCACGGAGACUGGUGGCCACAUUAGAGGCCUCCAUUCAGGGAGAAAGAGUACAGGUCACCCUGCCUCUCUGUCCUGCUCAAGGAGGGGCUGAGGAGGCCGACUCAUACCUACAAGAGGCAUAUCAUCGCACCAUUGUGUCCUGGUUUGGGGACGGACCAUCAGCCCAGCUGGGCAUCCACAGACUAGUGCAGCUAGGAAUGACUUCUGGAAAACAGGCUGGAGAUUGGUACGGCCCAGCAGUGGUGGCACACAUACUCAGAAAAGCUGUGGAUGAGGCAGCAGAUGCAAUGCUGAAAGGGAUAAGUGUUUAUGUAGCACAGGACUGCACUGUGUACAGUGCUGAUGUUAUUGAUAGCCAUUCAGCGCAGAAAAGCAGCCACUGUGAUCCUCAGGGACUCAAUACUGGAGCUGUCCCUGAUAGUAGAGCUGUCAUCAUCCUCAUUCCUGUGAGAUUGGGUGGAGAGAAGAUCAACCCAGAAUACUUAAGCUUUGUCAAGAGCAUAUUAAGCUUAGAGUACUGUAUCGGCAUCAUUGGAGGAAAGCCAAAGCAGGCCUACUAUUUUGUUGGAUUUCAAGAUGACAGCUUGAUUUACAUGGAUCCUCAUUACUGUCAGUCUUUUGUGGAUGUCAGCACAAGCGAUUUCCCUCUGCAGUCCUUUCAUUGCCCAUCACCAAAGAAAAUGCCUUUCAGUAAAAUGGACCCGAGCUGUACCAUUGGAUUCUACUCAAAAAAUGUCGAACACUAUGAAAGAAUUUUCAACGAACUUUCAAAGAUAUUGGAGCCCUCGUCGAAAGAGAAGUACCCUGCAUUCACCUUUAUGAAGGGACACUGGAAGGAUUAUGAACUUUCGAUGGCUGCAGAAAAGCGAGAAUGGCCUUUCAUCAGGGACUCAAGAAAAGCAGGGACAACAUCAGGAGACUUUGUGCUGCUCUGAGAGAACCCUUCAAGCCUCUAACCAAGAGCCAAGUGAUGCACCACAAAUCAGGGCUGUAUUAACAUGACACUGGGCCUAAACUAUAGAACCCUCAGAAAAAGCCAUUUAACAAAGAGACCAAUCAGUGCAUUCACUAGCUUCACAGAGUUGGCCAUUUAACUGAACCCAUACUGAUGUCAAUAAUUCUGCGCAGUUUAAUCCAGAGAUGGUGAUCAUAGUCUGGGAUGUUUCAUGCACAUGGGCCAUCCACAUUUGUUUUGAUUGCAAUUUUAUUUACUAACUAAACCAGGAAACAUUUCAGUGUGUGCUCGGGUACAUGCAAUGGACAUGCGUGGUUAAUACAUAUAUUUUUUUUAACAAGAAUGUAUUUUUUUCUCAAUAGAAUCAUGUUAUAAUUAAUUUUUUUUUAAAACAAUGACUCAAAACACAUAUCUAGUGUACUUUUUUGAAAGAUUUACAUUAUAUGGUGAUUUAACUUCACAAAACGUAGUUUUAUGUUAUAUUAACUGGAAGAAUAAUGUGCCUUUACAAGUAAGUAGAAAACACUGUAUGACGUAUAACUAAAUAUAGUGUUAGCUAGAUUUAAAAAAAGCCCUUUCUGCUGCCAGCGUUUUUAGAAAUCUUAGUCAUAGUGCAUUGAUAUGCAAGGAAACUGUGCUUAAUAUAAGAUUAAUUAAUGUCAAUUAACAACAAUACAGUAGCCAAUAUGAAAAAAACAUUAUUUCAGCGCUACAAAAAUCUUUGGGAGCUCACUGUGUUAUUUUUUAUGGUGUAAUGGGUGAGUCAAGUUUAUUUUCUUGGUGAUGUAUCAUUUUAACAAAAUUGUAAAUUUGAUGAUACUGAUCUGCCAUGAAUAGCUUUAAUUUUUGUUUGAACCAAAGCACUUGGCAUUGAACAAAAUUGUAACACUAGCUCUAAUACAAUGUUGAUAUAUUAUAGGUAACUGGCAUCAUUUUUUUUUUCUUUUAUUUAUUCAAACAUAUUAAAUCCACCAUUUGUCAAUUUUAAGAGUUGUGUAAAUUGUAGUUAAUAAUUUGAACAAAAUAAUUUGUUGUAACACCAUA